UCCUUCCUUCCUCCCUUCUCUCUGUCUCUUUCCUUUCCCCCCUCCUCCCUUCCUCUCCCUCUCCCUUGGCCGCCUUGGAAUGAAGAUGGUGGCCAGCGUCCGGGUGCAGAAGCUGGUCCGCCGCUACAAGCUGGCGAUCGCCACGGCGCUGGCCAUCCUGCUUAUCCAGGGCCUGGUGGUGUGGAGCUUCAGCAACCUGGAGGAAGAGGACCAGGGAGAGAAGGGGCGGCAGAAGAAGGCCCAGCUGCUUCAGAACGGUGAAGGGUCCAAGGAUUUGGACAGCUCGGCAGGCCGCAGGGGCAGCUUGAGCCGGAAGCACGGGCGAUGGAAGAGCCGCCCGGACAACCCUGGAGUCCUGGUGGCCAAAGUGGUGAGAGCGGUUACGGGGAAGCACAAACCCGGGCGCCGGUUCCCCGUCUACUUGGACUCCUCGAGCCAAAGGAACCUGACGGAGCUCAGGGGGGAUUCCCAGCUAGCCGUCUUCCAGCACGGGGACACGGGCAGCGUGGAAGGGGCGCCCCAGCCCACAGAGAACAACUUCACUCCCAAGUGUGAGAUUGCCGGCAAGGAUGCCUUGUCUGCGUUAGCCAGAGCCAGCAGCAAACAGUGCCAGCAGGAGAUAGCCAACGUGGUGUGCCUGCACCAAGCCGGGAACCUCAUGCCGCGCUCUGUACCCCGGCAGUGCCAGCUUUCAGGGAAAGUCAGCCCCAUUAUCCAGUGGGAUGAAAGCCGAAUGUUCCACGCCUCUGUGAGCAGGCCAGUUCGGAUUGCCUACAUGCUGGUCGUUCACGGGCGAGCCAUCCGUCAGCUGAAGCGCUUCAUCAAGGCUGUGUAUCACAAGCAACAUUUCUUUUACAUCCAUGUGGAUAAGCGCUCCACCUACCUGCACCGUGAAGUGGUGGAGUUGGCCCAGCACUAUCCCAACAUCCGGGUCACCCCUUGGCGCAUGGUCACUAUCUGGGGUGGCGCCAGCUUGCUGAAGAUGUACCUGCGCAGCAUGAAGGAUUUGCUGGAGAUGGCAGACUGGGCCUGGGACUACUUCAUCAACUUGAGUGCCACGGACUACCCUACCAGGACCAACGAGGAGCUGGUGACGUUCCUGUCGAAACACCGAGACAAGAAUUUCCUGAAGUCUCAUGGCCGAGAUAAUGCCAGGUUCAUCAAGAAGCAGGGCCUAGACAGACUUUUCCACGAAUGUGACUCUCACAUGUGGCGGCUGGGCGAACGGCAGAUCCCGGAGGGGAUUGUGGUGGACGGCGGCUCGGAUUGGUUCGCCCUCACUCGAAGCUUUGUGGAAUACGUGAUCUAUACCAGUGACCGGCUGGUUUCCCAGCUACGGCAGUUCUACACCUACACGCUUCUCCCAGCAGAGUCCUUCUUCCACACUGUCCUGGAGAACAGCCACGCCUGUGAGACCCUUGUAGACAACAACCUCCGGGUGACAAACUGGAACCGCAAGCUGGGCUGCAAAUGCCAGUAUAAGCACAUAGUGGACUGGUGCGGCUGCUCCCCGAAUGACUUCAAGCCACAGGACUUCCUGCGGCUGCAGCAAAUCUCCAGACCCACCUUCUUUGCCAGGAAGUUUGAAUCCACUAUCAACCAGGAAGUGCUGGAGAUCCUGGACUCUCAUCUCUACGGUAACUACCCACCUAACACACCAGCCCUCAAGGCCUAUUGGGAGAGUGUCUAUGACCGCGUGGAUGGGCUGAGUGGGCUCAGCGACGUCACCCUGACUGUGUACACAUCCUUCUCCAGGCUGGGGCUGCGGAAAGUGACAUCUGCACAGGAACAGAAAGAGGAGAAGCUUUGCAGGUUUGAGCCACAGGGCUUCCCAUCCAGUGUGCACCUGUACUUCUACGAUGACCAUUUCCAGGGCUACUUGGUGACUCAGGAAGUACAAAACCCUGCGACGCAGCAGGUGGAGUCUCUGGAAAUGUGGGUGAUGCCCCGAGGGACUCUCAAGCUAGCAGGCCGCAGCAGGCAGGCCAACCGUCUGCAGAACCUUGAGGUAGGUACCGAGUGGGACCCAAAAGAGAGGAUCUUCCGCAAUUUUGGCGGCUUGAUUGGACCUUUUGAUGAGCCUGUGGCCAUGCAGAAAUGGGCCCGAGGCCCCAACCUCACAGCCACCGUCGUUUGGAUUGACCCCACCUAUGUCAUUGCCACCUCCUACGACAUUGCGGUGGACGCGGAGGCAGAAUUCACGCAGUACAAGCCGCCCCUCAACCGGCCUCUUCGCCCAGGUGUGUGGACCGUCAGACUCCUCCAGUUCUGGGAGCCCCUGGGUGAGAGCCAGUUCCUGGUUGUCCCACAGACCUUCAACCGCAAGCAGCCUCUCAGGAAAGAUGAUGGCAAGUGGCUUCACGCUGGUCCUCCCCGAAAUGAAUACAUGGAGCAGAAUUUCCAGGGCCUGGCUGGGAUCUUGAGCCUCCCCCGCUUGGACGAAACAGGAAGAGCCUCCCACCGGCACACGCAGCUCAUUGGCAAGGCUCUCGAGAACUGGACGGACAGCAGCAUUGGCAGCUUCUGGUCGGUGGCUGCCCUCUGCGUGGCAAGCCCCUCCAGCUGCUCCACCCUGGAGCUCUGUAGCAAAACCUCCUGGAGCUCGCUCUCCCCAGACCCCAAGUCAGAACUGGGGGCCAUCAAGCCCGAUGGGCGGCUGAGGUAGCAGGGGCCGCCGGCAGCACAUUGUUGGGAUCAAGGAAGCAUCCCCUCGUGGCAGGGUGUGGGGUUGGGCAGACAGGCCCCCUCCUCUCCGCAGGGCAAACGCUUGAGACUUCAUCAUCCUGUGAAAAUGUACCAUCCUCACGUGAACGGGAUCUUCUCCAGCAGAGCAGGAAACUCUUAUUGGCUGUCGGCAGCACAAAAGGUGGUGUGAAGGCAGAGGCCCCGCCCACCCGUUCUCAGGAUUGGCUGGAGAGAUGAUGAAGCAGAUAGGGGAGGGGCUACAUGUAUUUACACGAGAGCCCUGAGCAUUGGAAGCUCUCUCUAGUCUGGCAGGUGAGCUCUCAGCUUCCUGGCUGCAGCGCACCUGAGCUGGCGUGCCCUCCUCAUCUAUGGGUGAUGCUCUGCAAGAUCAGGACUCGUUGUUCCCAAAUGGUUGCUGGCAGAGGAUUCUGGGAAAUGGCCAGAUGGGGGUAGAUGGGGGAAUGCAGGGAACCAGGCCGUCACUUUAACUGGGUCUGUGUCCUCUGAGCAGCUGUGCCUGGCUUGGCAGACCUGUUUCUCAUCUCCCAAACCCAUCCUUUUAGUUCUUAUUUUUUUACAAAUGUGUUAUGUAUAUAUGAGACGAAAGUGCAAUAGCAACGACGGUCAUCCUGCCCCUCUGCCUCUAGAGGUGGGGUGGGGAGCAUUUCAGUGUUCUCAUUGUCUUCUUCUUACACUGUAACAUGAUUUUGUCCUCCUUGCUGAUGCCGGUAGGGGCGGGGAGAGGGUGGAACACUUGUUUCUCUCCUAGCAGUGCUGGGAGCUUAGAUCUUGCUGCUGACAUUGAAGAGAGCUUCUCUCUUAUUUUAUUUUAUUUUAUUUUUUGCAGCUCAAAGCUGCCUACCCUCCUGGUUGGAAGCAAGGAAGGGAUUUGGCCCCUCUGGCAGCUGUGCCAAGGCUCCCCCUUAAUGGAGCUGCCCACUGUGCCAAACCUCCACCACCUGCCAAUACCCCUUGUACAGUGCCUCAUUCUCAAGCCUCGCCAUCUACCUUGCGUAUUCCCCUUCUACCUUUGGCUUGAAAUCUGGCUGUGUUUUGUGUCUUGGCACAUUGCAGAGCUAGCUAAAUGGCCCUACCUGUCCCAUCCAAAGGACCUUAUUAAGCCAGGUUGUCUUGACGUCUGAUGCAAGGCAGGAAAUCCCUUCAUUUGUUUUCCGAAUGAAUUUUAUUGUCUCUGAAUAUUUGUUACCCCUGGUACCACUGUCAGAAUGGAUAGUCAACUCUGACCUACUUCCUCCCCCCAGUAUGUCAACUGUUUAAUGUGGAUUCCCCCCCCUUUCCUUUUUUUUAACAAUGUCAAAUCAGGCAGCUUCAUUUGUGACCACACACACAGCCUACACCUAUUUUGAAUGGAUAAUUUAGCCCUCUGAAGCUGUAUACUUCCCAGCCAAAAACAGUGUUCCCAUGCACAGGGAGUGAUCUUAAUUCUGUACUGAAUGUUGUCCGAUGUCCAAUCUUAUUUCUUAUCCUGAUCUGAUCUUUCAGCCGUAUCCCAGUUCCUGAGUAAACCACCCCCAGUUGAACUGGGGACACCAAUGUCUGGGACCCCUUAAUGGUUGCUGUUGAAAUAGAAGUGUUAAGACAAAAUAGUCUGCUUUGGAGAGUAUCUCUCUCUCUCACACACACACACACCGUCUCUCUCUUUUGUUUUGUUUUAAGUGUGCCAUAUCAGAAAGAACACACAGACGACUUGACAUGAAGAGGAGCUGUUGAUGCUGCCUCUGGAAAACCUCUUUAGGAGGUGGUCGAAACAGACUUGAGGUUCAGAGUUUUGAUAUAGUCUCAGUAAGAUGUUUGGAAUGUUCUGAUCUCAGGAGUUACUUGGUCUGAGCCUUUCAAGGCAGUUACUUCCCUGCAUUUCUUCAAAACGUUCUGCUUCUUUAUUUUUUUUCUUGGAUUGGAAGUGCAGAUCACAAAUGACCUCUGUUGUUGGUUUGUUUGUUUUUUUAAAAAAAGUUCUUUGAUUUCAAGAGCUGUGCUGGUGCUAAAAAGAAUCUUUGAAAAUGGAAGAUUUUUUUGUGAGUGGGGUUUAGCCAGACCCAUAGCGCACUGAUUCUUCUUUGGCCUGAGCUCCUAGUAGGGCUCGUUGCCCACCCCUGCCCCCAGGGCACAACCCCCUCCGUUUUCAGCGAUACCAGUGUGAUGCAGGGGAGGUCGUACCUUUGUCUGGAAAAGGGACUCAUAAAGCGUGUUGUGCGUUCUGAGCCAAGGGGGUGAACUAGGCAGGGCUUGAAUUGAAACCUGUUCCAAAGAAUGAGUUCUGAAAGCUUUGUGUUGGAAGCAUUAUGUUAAAAGUUGUCUUAAAUAUGCAACACAAAUAUAUCUAUAUCUCUA